GAGCCUACAUUAUGCUGCCUGCUGCAAAUGCCCUUCGUAAUCUGUGUGAUGCUAAUUGUGCUGCGCUUGCGCCUCAUAUUGGAGCGUUUGCGGAGCUGCAUGCUGGAUUGAGUGGUAUCCCGGAUACGGAAAAGCGCAAGGUUCUUCGAUCAAUUGCGAGCGUAAUACAAGCAUUGUCACCUGAGGAGGAGAUUUCACCCAUCCAGGGAAUUAUCAGCCCGGUAGUCCAAAAACUUACACAAGGCCUG